AUGUGGAUCUUUUCUGCCUUUCUCCUCGUGUCUGAGGUGUGGGCUCUGCCUCCCCCCUGUGACAGUGAAAUCUAUUGCACAGGAGAAAUUUUGAAACAGAUACAGACAGCUAAACUGUUUAACGAUGACAAGCACUUUGUGGAUAUGAAGUUGACUGCAGCCCCGGAAGUAGUUUUGGGGGCAUUCCAAAAUCUAACGUCAAAGUUUCCGGAUGGAGUUGUACCGCGGACAGAGCUACAGGAGUUCUUGAGCACGUUCUUUGAGGAACCAGGGAAAGAGUUCGAGCCGUGGGUUCCACCAGACUGGCGUGAUAACCCUCAUUUUCUGUCCAAGAUUGCUGAUACAACGCUUCGUGAGUGGGCUAAACAGUUGAAUGGGUUAUGGAAGUCACUUGGACGAAAGCUUCGUGAUGAUGUAAGGAUUCAUCCUGAACUGUACUCCAGCAUCUACACCCCACACCCUGUCGUAGUGCCAGGGGGACGCUUCCGUGAGCUCUACUACUGGGAUUCAUAUUGGGUGUUGAAUGGUCUCCUCUUGUCUGAGAUGACCGACACCGCCAAAGGAAUGAUCCAGAAUUUUCUGUUCCUGGUGGACAAAUAUGGUUUUGUACCAAACGGAUGUCGAAUUUACUUCGAGCGGCGCAGCCAACCUCCAUUCCUCGCUCUUAUGGUGGAGAGUUUCUAUGAGGCCACCAAAGACCAUGAAUUUAUCAAACUGGCUUUGCCAGCCUUAGAGAGGGAAUACAACUUCUGGAUGCAGAAUCGCUCGGUCUCUCUGGAUCUGCAUGGGACAACACAUGUUCUCAAUCGUUACAAUGUGGAGGUGGGCCUGCCCAGACCGGAGUCCUUUACCGAUGAUGUAGAGCUAGCAGAGGGAUUAUCUCCAGAUGCUCAGGAGAAACUGUGGGUGGAGUUGAAAGCCGGAGCAGAAUCUGGCUGGGACUACACCUCACGUUGGUACAUAAACAGUCAGAACCAGAGCGGAGGAACAUUCAAAGACACCCGCACCAGCGCCAUCCUGCCCGCAGAUCUCAAUGCCCUCAUGUGUCGCAACGAACGCGUGCUGGCAUACCUCUAUAGGAUAGUGGGUAACGAAGAGGCGGCAAAGCGAUACGACCAAGCCGUCAGUGCCAGGAUAAAGGCCAUAGAGAGUCUUCUGUGGGACCCAGAAAUGGGCUCCUGGUUUGACUACAACUUGCUUAGCAACUCCAGACACCUGUCCUUCUACCCAUCUAACCUGGCACCUCUUUGGGCUCAGUGCUACUCUCAGCCCAGCAUGGGAGAGAGGGCGUUACAGUACCUGAAGGCCAGUGGUGCUCUAAAGUACCCAAACGGUGUGCCGACAUCCCUCAACGUCAGUGGACAACAGUGGGACAUGCCGAAUGCCUGGCCUCCUCUCCAGCACAUGCUUAUUGAAGGCUUAUCAAAACUCAAUUCAACAGAGGCAAAAGAGACAGCCUUUGAUUUGACCCAGAGGUGGAUCUAUACAAACUGGCGGGCGUACGUCAACUAUGAUGCCAUGUUUGAGAAGUAUGAUGUUAAUGGAGAUGGAAAACCCGGAGGAGGUGGCGAGUAUGAAGUACAGCUGGGCUUUGGCUGGACCAAUGGUGUGGCCAUGCAACUGUUGGACCAGUAUGGAGACAGGCUGAUGUCCAGAGCGACCGGUGUUAGCUUCCUUCUGGAAACUGUACUCAUCUGCUGUAUCUUAAUAAUUCUUCUGUUCACCUGAACAUCCACUCAAGAAGG